ACGGAGGCUGAAAUAUUUAGGGAGGAGGCUGGCACUGUGGCAGCAGCCAUGCACGGAUGUCACGGUGUGGCACACCUAGGAGGGUAGUUUAUCUUAGGCCAGCAUAGUAGAUGGCAUCGUCCAUCAAAUCCACCCAGAAGGUUGUUCGGGCAGAUUCCUCUGAAGUAGGAAAGUGGGUGUGGCUAGAUCAGAGGGCAUCGUUAACGGCUAAUAGAUAGGCUAACGUUUAUUUUGUCCCGGUAGACGGCUAAUAUUAGGUGUUGUUUUGUAUAACACUAAGAUGUUGAAGUAGUUAGCUAGGUAUAAUAUAACUUUGUAUGAUAACCAAAUAACAGGGUGUCAUUUCUACACGUUCUUGGAAACAGCAAUUUAGUGAAGCUAGCCAAUCGUAGCCACCACUAGCUAACGUUAGCUAACCAGCACUAGAUUUGCAGCUCACUCAGCCAUUUUUUCUACGUCGCCAUGGCCGAUGUUGACAAACUCAACAUAGACAGUAUCAUCCAGCGUCUUUUAGAAGUCAGGGGAGCAAAGCCUGGUAAGAAUGUGCAGCUGCAGGAGAACGAGAUCCGAGGAUUGUGCCUCAAGUCCAGGGAGAUAUUUCUCAGCCAACCUAUCCUUCUUGAACUUGAAGCCCCCCUCAAGAUCUGUGGUGACAUCCAUGGGCAAUAUUACGACCUAUUGAGGCUGUUUGAGUAUGGGGGCUUCCCUCCUGAGAGCAACUACCUAUUUCUGGGAGACUAUGUGGACAGGGGGAAGCAGUCUCUGGAGACCAUCUGUCUGCUUCUGGCCUACAAAAUCAAAUACCCGGAGAACUUCUUCCUGCUGAGAGGGAAUCAUGAGUGCGCCUCCAUCAACAGAAUAUAUGGAUUCUAUGAUGAGUGUAAAAGAAGGUACAACAUCAAGCUCUGGAAAACAUUUACAGAUUGCUUUAACUGCCUCCCUAUUGCUGCCAUUGUUGAUGAGAAGAUCUUCUGUUGCCAUGGAGGGUUGUCACCAGACCUCCAGUCCAUGGAGCAGAUCAGGCGCGUCAUGCGGCCCACCGACGUCCCCGACCAGGGCCUCCUGUGUGACCUGCUCUGGUCAGAUCCAGACAAGGAUGUCCUCGGCUGGGGAGAGAAUGACAGAGGCGUCUCAUUUACUUUUGGCUCAGAAGUUGUGGCAAAGUUCCUGCACAAACAUGAUUUGGAUCUGAUCUGUCGCGCCCAUCAGGUUGUUGAGGACGGCUAUGAGUUCUUCGCCAAGCGACAGCUUGUGACUUUAUUCUCAGCACCCAACUACUGCGGGGAGUUUGACAAUGCUGGUGCUAUGAUGAGUGUGGAUGAGACCCUCAUGUGCUCUUUUCAGAUUUUGAAGCCCGCUGAGAAGAAGAAGCCAAAUGGCAGCCGUCCAGUCACACCCCCACGGAACAUGGUCACCAAGCAAGGCAAGAAAUAAGGUGGCAUGAGUGGACUUAUGUCCUGCUCUCUAUUCUGCUUUCGCGUCUGAAGGGUUGGUUGCCCUUUGUGCUGCCAAUACUGAAAAGAUAUCCACUUUCCUGAUGAAAGCAAAAUGUUUUGUUUUGUCCACAAGGGUAAAUGGAUAUGUCACCAUGAAAACCUCAGGUGUUUUGCACUCCAUUGCAACUAGUCUUUGCCACAUAUGACUGUUCAACCAGGAACAAUGUAACAAUAUGGCUGAUAAUGCACAGAAAUGCCUUGUUUGAAGCUGUGCAGAGUUGUUUCACAAUUUUUUCAUUUCAUGUUUCAUCAAUUUCUGUCAUCACCUGUUUCUCACUGUCAAUGUCAAUAAUGCAAUUAAUGGUUCUUAAAACAACUAUGGAAAUAUCACAAGACACUUAGUUGUUUAUUUCUGUAUAACUUUCUUUAUCAUAGGACAUUGAAUCCUCACUCUGCUCCUGCAUCUUCACCAUUUUUAAAACAAGUCUUGUGCUGAAUUAAAUGAAGAAAUAAAGCAUUCUUGUAAUGUUGACUAAAUCUUUCUAAUAAACUUUUAGGGGGAAAUUGG